AUGGCCUUAAAUGACACAGAAACAACCUCUAUUCUGGCUACUGAGUUCAGGUCAAUGUUCUUUUCUUGCCCGUACGCACCCAACUUACUGUGGGACCUCGAUGGUACAACGUUUCCUUGGAUUUUGCUCGGCAUCACAUGCAUUACUUCCCCCCCGACCGUAAUCUUGAACAUCUCUGUCAUCAUAGCAGUAAAGCAGAGGAAAGAGCUGCAAAAUCCCUGGACCACCCUGUUGUUUAGCCUAGCGAUUGCUGAUCUUCUGGUAGGCGCUGUAAAUCUUCCCUUAUCAGCCGCCAUUGGCUUGUUAGUUGUCCACCAGGUUUGGCUUGACCAUGUUUGUUUGUUAGACAUAUUUAAUGUUUACUCGAUGUAUUGUCUCUCGAUGCGAUCCUUGUAUCAUUUGACUGCGAUUGCCUGGGAUAGGUACGUGGCGGUGACAAAAUGGAGGGAGUACAAUGUUUUGGUCUCCAAAAGCCUGGUCAAAAGACUAGUGAUAAUCGCAUGGUUCUUGGCAAUAUUUCUAACAGUUCCUGCUCUCAUAAUGGAAAUGUUGAAUGUGGACGUUAUGACCUCCGAAAAGACUUACGUGGUGUGGUGCGUAUGUGCAGCAGUUGCCUUAAUUCUUAUCUUUUCUUUCUACUUCACGGUGUACCGUGGUAUACGCAAACGUAACAUAAGCGAAAUCAGCCGAGUCACCUCACUAAUAAAAGCCAAACUCGAAGCCAAAAUUGCUAAGACGGCUGCCAUGCUAACAGGUGCAUUAGUUUUCUCGUUUCUCCCAGCAGUUGUUCUGUUUAGCUUAGGUGAGGUUUUCCCAGUCCUUCACACAAGUACCUCUUUCCUGUUGUGGGAGACACUGAUUCAGUUAAAUUCUCUGGUGAAUCCUUUGCUCUACUGCUGUAGAGAUCUCCGCUUCAGGAACGCUAUGUUAGAACUAUUACGAAUACGAAAACCUCCAGCGAGGCAUCCGACAGUUGGUGCAGUGGGAUAUGUCAGACGAAGCGCUUGGUGCAUAUACAGUGGAAGACACUCCGGGGCUACACAACGCGAUCAGACCGACCCGCUUGUUGGCAAGAACAAAAUCCUGUGGUCUAGCAGUGGCUUCAGGUGGUCCCGGAAUAUGUCAUGA